UAUCAGGUUGACAAGAUAACUAACUGGCUGGUACAUGCACUCCAAAAAAAGGUUCGAGGAUAGCACUGUUUAAAUAUUUUUAUUGCACGUGGCUGACGUGUGUGCCAUGUCGGAGUGGGUGCAAUCAUCUGAAGUACUGUAUAAAUAAGCACACGGUGUUUAGACAGAAGGAGGAACAGCCACAUCCACACCGAACCACAACUGAAACUGCAAGAACUUCUGUACCUCAACAUGACUUUUGCGCACUUUCUACUCACACUCGCCAUAAUAGCAGCGCACGAUGGUACCUGGGCCAGCACUGACGUACUUACUACUGUAGCCGACGUCACGACAUUGGCCGCAGCUACCAUCGGCGUAGAAACAACGGCUCCCUCCAUCAGUAUUACAAGUGCUGUCAGCACUGCUAUUCCUGGAGGUGCAACAACCGCUUCCUCUGCUGAUGCUGCGACGAACGCUGUGACCAGUGUUCUUCCUGGAGAUACCACUACUUUAUUGCCUGCUGAUACCACAAGUACUUCUACCAUUAGUGCUCUUGAAAAUGCAACAACCGCCGCCUCUGUUACUAUCACAAGUGGUGCGACCACGGCUGUUCCUGGAGAAACAACAACGAUUUCAUCUGUCGAUGUAACAAGUGUUGCUACGACGACAGCGACCCCCACGACAGUGACCACUCCAUCUACGCAAGGUUCCUGCGUGGAAGCCACAUUGCCUGAUGUCAUAGGCUUGAGCAAGUGCCUUGGAAACAGCCUCAACCUUGUGCUCAGGGGACAAGACGGUAGGUGAAGGCUUGAUGACAGUAGCCAGCUGCACCGCAACGAGCGUCUUCAAUAACUUGUCGCCACGGAAUUCUCUGUAUUCUCUACGAGUCAUGCUCGUAGCAUUUGUGAACAAGUUCUCACCCUUCUUGGGAAGUUCUCUCGACCUCUUCCUUAGUGUCUUGAGUCCCAGUGGGUCUAUCAGGGAUCCUGUUUGUCAUGGCGAAAUCAAGCUUGGCUUUCCCAGCAGCUAUGGAAAGUGCCUCAACGACACACUAAAGCUUUGCAAGAAUGGAACACUCAUCAACGCGUCAGUUGUGCAGUCAUUGAUCGCAGCCAACAUGUGCUUCAUGAAGGAAACGAUUGCCACGUCCCCGUUGGAUAUGACACGCACAUUCUUCUGCAACAUUUUGCGUGGAUCAAAGGUGUUGUUCGGGAACAUAUUUUUUGUCGGACCUAUUAUGUACGACCAGCUAUAUAACGCAGUCUGUAAGUAUAUAUCCCUUAACACUGUUCGCGAUUGUGUUUUGAAGAGGUGUACUUAUACUGAACUAAAAAUUAUAAGUUUCUAGAAAAAUGCGGACAGCUCUCCUGGCGUUUCAGG